AUGCCACUUUUACAAGUUCAAACUAUUAAAGAUGAAAUAAUUGAAAUUAAUUAUGAAAAUCCAAUUGAUAUAGGUCAUGGUUCAUUUGGUUCAGUUUCAAAAUGUUCAUUAAUAUCUCCAAACAUAGAAACAAUUGCUAUUAAGAGAGUAUUACAAGACAAGAGAUUCAAAAAUAGAGAAUUACAAAUUAUGAAAUCUUUGGAUAAUGAAAAUAUUACCAAGCUACAUUAUUAUAAUUAUGAAAAUGAAGAUAAUGAUCAGAAUUCAAAUAAUUUAUAUUUAAAUUUAUUUAUGGAAUUUUUACCAACAACUUUAUACAAGAGAAAUCAAUUUUUCACUAUAAAGAAGCAAAAUAUGCCAUUGCAAGAGGUUAAAUCAUACAUGUUUAAUAUCCUUAAAGGUCUAGAAUACUUACAUUCAUUCCAAAUAUGUCAUCGUGAUAUUAAACCACAAAAUAUCCUUGUUGAUCCCCAUAGACAAAUUGCUAAAAUUUGUGAUUUUGGUUCCGCCAAAAUUCUUUCACCAUCUGAACAAAAUGUUAGUUAUAUAUGUUCACGUUAUUAUAGAGCACCAGAAUUAAUCUUUGGAGCAACAAAUUAUACAACCAAAAUAGAUGUUUGGUCAACAGGUUGUGUAUUUGCAGAAUUAUUAAUUGGACAACCUUUAUUCCCUGGUGAAUCAGGUAUAGAUCAAUUAGUUGAAAUUAUUAAAAUCUUGGGGACUCCAACUCAUGAAGAUAUUAUAUCAAUGAAUAAUAAUUAUACUGAUCAUAAAUUUCCUAUAAUUAAAAAGAUUCCAUUAGUUAAGAUUUUUAAAAAUUUAAAUAAUCCUAAUGAUUUAAUUGUUUUGGGGUUUUUGGAACAGUUUUUAUUGUUUAAUCCAAAUAAGAGGAUUAGUGCUAGAAAAGCGGCGUUGAAUGAGUGGUUUGACUAG